CGCUCGCGGCGCUUCGGCCGAGUGCCACGUGCCGCUCCGGCUCCCGCGCCACAUGGCAGCAUCUCUGGGCCGCUGCGUCGGAAGGGGAUUCGAAGAGAAAACGCCGGUUGUUAGGAUGCUGUGACAAAUUGUGGGCCGGAUGCUGCCGAGCCCCGCUUGUGGCUGUCGGAUUGGCGCCCUGCCCGGCCAGUUCCUGGGCCCCUCUCCUUGGCAAAUUCCAGCAGAUGCCAACUUCCACUCUCUUCUUGGAAAGAGACCAGCCAUGUGUCUUAAUUACAGGGAGUCUUGGCCAGCCUGGAGUGGGGCUUGCUAACUUUUUGAGGAAACGAUGAAGGACAAUGUGAUUUUGUCUGACAUAAGGAAACCCUCUGAUCACAUCUUCCAUAGUGGCCCAUUUAUUUAUUUCGACAUUCUGGAUUACAAGAAUCUUCACGAGAUUGUGGUAAACCACCGCAUCACCUGGUUAUUUCGUUAUAGCGCUUUGCUCAGUGUGGUUGGAGAAGCACACGUGUCCUUGGCGAGAGCCAUAAAUAUCACUGGAUUGCAUAAUGUUCUGGACGUUGCCUCAGAACACAAUUUGUGGUUAUUUGUGCCCAGCACAAUCGGAGCUUUUGGACCCACUUCUCCCCGGAACCCAACCCCCGACCUCUGCACUCAGAGACCCAGGAUGAUCUAUGGGGCGUCCAAGGUGCACGCGGAGCUCGUGGGAGAAGUACGCAUUGCUGAGCGAGAUGGCUCAGGGUUUCCUUUUCUAUUCCUUUUGCCUCAGACACCUGCCGAUUCCCAACCUGGUGGAGGAACAACUGACUAUGCAGUGCAGAUUUUCCACGAUGCUGUAAAGAAUGGCAAGUUCGAGUGCAACCUGAAACCUAGCACGAGGCUCCCUAUAAUGUAGCUCGAUGACUGCCUCAGAGCCACCCUGGAAGUCAUGGAGGCCCCGGUGGCAUCCCUCUCCAUGAGGACCUACAACGUCAAUGCCAUGAGCUUCUCCCCCGAGGAACUGGCCCAGGAGGUUCUCAGGCACGUACCGGAAUUCCAGAUCACCUACAACGUGGAUUCUGUGCGGCAGGCCAUAGCAGACAGUUGGCCAAUGAACUUUGAUGACAGCAAUGCUCGGAAGGACUAGGGAUGGAAACAUGAUUUUGAUCUUCCAGAGUUGGUGAGGACAAUGUUGAACUUCCAUCGUUUUGAUACCAGAGUUGCCCAAGCUAACCGAAGGAAUCAAAAAGAAGAGCUCGUGCAUCCCAGACCCUUAGGUUAUAGACCUCGAAGAACCUAGAGUAUUGGAGUCGAAGACCUGAUUGGACUAAAUUUUGGCAGGUCAUGUUGAAGAUGGAAAAUCGAAUUAGCUUUAGCAUUUUCAAAAUGCUGUCGGUUUGGCGACAGGACUUCUAAAGUUUUGCUCUUUGCCUAAACUUGUCCAAACAUACAUAUCACAGAACGAACACUUAAGUCCUCAUAGUUUUCAUUUCCUUAAUUAAAAUGAAGAGACCAUUUCUGGGAAAGUGGAAGUGUGUGACCUUCAUUUUAAUUAAAUUUAAUUUAAAUAUCAUUCUUAAGACUCUAUUAUUCUCUUGACUAGAGACCAAAGAUAACAUUUUACAGACUACCAGAUGAUCUCCAAAUUAAAAAGCAUUUAUUAUCUCAUCAGAACAUAAAAUAUAUUUGAUGUGUUUAUUAAGCCCAUGUUCAAAAUGCUCAAGAGAUUUUAGCCCUUCUUCAAAAAUGAUCACUUCUUGUUUAUUUUUCUGUAAGAAAGUAUGUCUGUAGGAAAUUAAGACUAUUAAAGAAGAUGUGACCAGUGAAGGGUAGCACCUCUCUUUUUUGAUUGCCUUCUUGUUAGUGAGCUAAGUGCUAAUUAGCAGGAGCGUAAGUCCCUAACCCAGCCAUGUCAGUCUCCCAGAAAACCUUGUCUAAAUCCACAGGUUUCUGGGCUUCACCCUUCAGGUUGACUCAAUAAAUGGGGAUGGGACUCUCAAAAUGUCACCGGUCGUCCUAUUCCAGCUCCCACCCACUGUGUUAGACCAGUUCCAAACACUGUUUUCUAAAGAGAACUUGCUUGUUAUAGCCUUUUUAGUGCAGACUGAGACCUCAGAAGAGUUACUCUAAACACUUUGAAGCCAUUAAUGUAUAAAUAUAUACAGAUCUACUUUUGUCCAGAUACCUCAGGAUGUGCUACAUGUGAAAUCACUAGAAGGUGAAACUGUACAGAUGAAUCAUGGGUCUAUUAGUAAACAUCUGUCAAAGAUUAAAA